GUGGGGGCGACGGAACCAGGAGUCGUUAGCGUCAUCCUGGAGCGUCAGGCGACCUGCCUAGAGGCAAUGGUGGCGUGCUGAGCGGAGCGGAGCAAGCCGCCCUCAUGGCUCUGCGGGCGCUGACCCGCGCUCUGGGCUCCCUGAGCCUGGCGCCCCCGGCCACCGCCCCCGGCCCAAGCCUGCUCCCGGGCGCCCAGGUGACAAACUGUGUCCUCCUUCAGCUGCCCUCUGCCUCAAUGUUGCUCCCCUGCCGCCCCAUCCUUACCUCUGUGACCCUUAGUGCCAAGUUUGUGUCCUGGAAGAGUCGUACCAAGUACACCAUUACACCAGUGAAGAUGAGGAAGUCUGGGGGCCGAGGCCACACAGGCCGAAUCCAGGUGCAUGGUAUUGGCGGGGGCCACAAGCAACGUUAUCGCAUGAUUGACUUUCUUCGGUUCCGGCCUGAGCAGGAAACCAAGCCAGGACCCUUUGAGGAGAAGGUCAUCGCUGUCCGCUAUGAUCCCUGUAGGUCAGCAGACAUAGCUCUGGUCGCUGGGGGCAGCCGGAAACGCUGGAUCAUUGCCACAGAAAACAUGCAGGUUGGAGAUACAAUCCUGAACUCUGACCACAUAGGUCGAAUGGCAAUUGCUCCUCGGGAAGGGGAUGCACAUCCUCUUGGGGCCUUGCCCGUGGGGACCCUCAUCAACAACGUGGAGAGUGAGCCAGGCCGCGGGGCCCAGUAUAUUCGUGCAGCAGGGACAUGUGGUGUGCUGCUACGGAAGGUGAAUGGGACAGCCAUCAUCCAGCUGCCAUCUAAGAGGCAGAUGCAGGUGCUGGAAACGUGUAUAGCAACAGUAGGCCGAGUAUCCAACAUUGAUCAUAACAAACGGGUCAUCGGCAAGGCUGGACGGAACCGCUGGCUGGGCAAGAGGCCUUCCAGCGGGUUAUGGCACCGCAAGGGGGGCUGGGCUGGCCGAAAGAUUCGGCCGCUGCCCCCCAUGAAGAGUUACGUGAAGCUGCCCUCAGCUGCUGCCCAAAGCUGAUAAAAUUGACUAAUAAAGUGACCCCCCAUUUUUA